UGCAAGCAGUCAAAAAGCUAUAAACCCUAAAUCACACUGAAACCCUAAUUUCUUCAAUCACAGACCAAAAUGACGCAGAAAUCAACACUGUUCAAAGGCCAGCAGAAGAGGAAAUCGGUACCUCCGAGCCGCCAUGGAAAAACGCCCAAAACUCGCAAAGGAAAGAGAGUUGUGAAGCCUGCGAAGGUCACGGAACAGAUGGACAAAGAUCGUGAGCUGAGCAAGUUUAUCAACUACUGCAAUGAGGUAAAAGCAGCCACUGCAGCCAACAAAGAAGGUGGUCAAUUGAGUAUAGUCAAACAUCAAACCGAGGGUGCAAAGGAAUAGCUAGCUAGCGCUGUUUUGUGGCGAUCAGGAAUCGUUAUCCUUCAUAUACAUUUUUGUGUUUAAACAAGUAUCUUUCCAACCAUGUGUUAUUUUCAAAAGUUACUUUGAUCUCUUGAAUUAGGCGGUACUCGGUUUGUGACAUAUAAAGUUGAGUUGGUUUUGUUCAUAUAGUGCAGACUGAAGAGUAA